AUGUCUUUCGACACCUUUGAUGGCCCUCCACCUAUCGACCCAUCCACCGCUACCACAGGCACAUCAAGGGAUGGAGUUUCGGGUCUUAGCGCGCAGUUCGAUUCGACAGAACCCGGCGCUGUGCAUAUCGCGCCAGAAGCUCCACCAACUUCCGUUCCUUCGGGUCUCAGAACCAAGCGACCAACAAGACCUUCACGACACAAGGUCUCCAAAGUAACGAAGCCUCCCCAGCGGUCCCUCUCGUCGCCUCAUCUGCGGGGCUUGACCAUGUCUGACUCCGAUGCCGACAAAAAACGCAACAAGCUCGGCUACCAAAGGAUCUCCAUAGCCUGCGAUCCGCAUGGGCGAUGUCAGAACUGCAUUCGAUUGAAGAAAGAGUGCGUCUUCUACCCGGUCGAUCAACAGGGCACAAUCGACAGUACGCCUCAGUCUGCUGGUGAGGGUGGUGCCGGAUCUGGACCGUCCUCUGCAGUAUCAUCGUCGACUCCGCCAGAGGCCAUAUCUGGCACCACUUUCAAUGGCUCCCACGAGAGGGAAGGCUUUCCCGUCCUCCCUUCUAACGCCCCAAGCAGUUAUACUGGCUUUCCAAUGGGGCUGAGCUCCGGCACACUCAGUCCAGGCAAUAACGCGCAUUCAAGCCAUCGCAACGAACACGCGUUCAAUCACUACCCUGCACAGUUCGCGCAACCCAGACCUGUCCAACGGCAUCACCCCGAUAGCCAGUCACCGUGGAUGGGCGCGAGUGGAUUCCAGUACCCAAUGUCCAUGCCACAUCCGUCAGCAAACCAAUUCUCCGAACCCAACUACUACCGUCAAGGUCUCGGCGCGUCUCCUGGAGACUACGCCCCGUUCCCCUACAAUGCCACCACAGCGUCCGCGAAUACUCAGAAUCCAUACGCGUUCAGCCAGCAACGAACGAACCAAUUCUGGUCGCAUUCCCAGCAGCAACAACAGCAACAAGCGCGAUCGCUGUCUUACAGCCACGCAGAGGGCUUUGGGCAGAACGCGGACCCUUACCUCGGCCUGCAUUUUGAUGAGGUGCAACAGCCUUCGCAGUCACUACUGAGACACGCUCCGCCUGCACUUGAGAUGCAGAAUGCAUCCAUGAUACCUCACGCGCAGGGCCCGCACUCUGCGCCCAUUGCACAGCAUCCGCAUGGCUUUAUGGAUCAACACGCGUUUUCUUUGCAGGACAGUCCGUUCCAGUCGAACAGCGGGCUCACGUCGACGAACCCAGACUUUGGGGGAACGUUCUAUCGAACAAGUCCCCAGCUGGGCACGUUGCAGGAGAAUCGAUCGAUCUCCCCAGGCGGUACGCCCAUUUUCGCACACCAUUCGAGUCAGCCAGGAUGA